AUGAAUGAAAGGUGGAACGCACAAAUUGUCAAGAUUGGAGGGGAGAGGAAACAAACUAGAAGAGCACUUAGCGUGAUUAAUCAGAAUUUAGUCGGAGCUCAUCGAUAUUCUUGUAUUGUUAAUAAGCGUGGAUUAUCAGAGAAAUUUGGUGCUACACAAAUUGGUACCUUACACCAACAUUACCCUGAGGAAAACAAGAAACCAAAACCAGCAAUUGAAAAUUUUACCAUAUGGGAAGAGCAUGACACAACUGAAGCUCAACCAGUUCCUAUGUGUUUGGAACAACCUGAAACAUUCUCAAAUGACAAGGUCGCACAAAUUGUAAGAAAAUUUAUUUUUAUUUUCCUUUUCUAG